UGCUGAGAGACACUGGGAAAACGCAGGCGCGAGACACACACACACACACACACACACACACUCACGCGCACACGCUCUCGCUCGCCCUGCAGCUGCCGUCUGUCUGCUUUCCAGGACCAGCUGUUCCGUGGCGGAGGCACCCGCAGGGGCUCAGGCAGCAGAGAGGCCGCCGACGCUUGCUCUUUCCCGCGGACCUGCUCAGAGUCCGGCUCCACGUUGGUCCUGAGAGCGAGGCCCAGGCGUCCCACGCUGGAUUCCUGCUCUUCCUCGGCCUCCGCCUCCCAGGAAGACGGCGCACUCACGACUCUGGACUCUCCCUGGUGCCCCUGCUUCCUCCCCGGGAUGGGCAGCUCUGCGGGCUUCAGCUCAGGCCUGGCCCUGCUCCAGGUGCAGGAAGGAGGGUAAGGAGGGCCGUGAGGCAGGCUCACCUGCACCUGUCGCUUGGGCCUUCGCGACACCUCCAAGCAUGAGCGGUGAUGUCCUCUAGCUGCCCCUAGCCGCAUCUCGGUUCUCCCAGUGACAGCAGCUGACCAGGACUGGGACUUUCUCCACGACAAGGGGCCAGCACCACAGUCUGAGAUGACCGUCCAGAAAGUAGUGGCCACAGCUGUGCUGGUGGCCCUCGUAUCUCUCGUCCUCAACAACGCGGCGGCCUUCACCCCCAACUGGGUGUACCAGACCCUGGAGGAUGGGCGCAGGCGGAGCGUGGGGCUGUGGAGGUCCUGCUGGCUGGUGGACAGGGCCCGGGGAGGGCCAAGCCCGGGGGCCAGGCCUGGGCAGGCGGACGUGCGGGACUGUGAGGCCCUGGGCUGGGGCUCCGAGGCAGUAGGCUUCCAGGAGUCGCGAGGCACCGUCAAAUUGCAGUUCGACAUGAUGCGAGCCUGCAACCUGGUCGCCACAGCGGCGCUUGCCGCGGGCCAGCUCACCUUCGUGCUGGGGCUGACAGGCCUGCCUCUGAUGUUACCUGAUUCCCAGUGCUGGGAGGAGGUCAUGGCUGCUGCGUUUCAGCUGGCGAGUUUUGUCCUGGUCAUCGGGCUGGUGACAUUCUACAGAAUUGGCCCAUACACCAACCUGUCCUGGUCGUGCUACCUGAACAUUGGCGCCUGCCUGCUGGCCACCCUGGCUGCGGCCAUGCUCAUCUGGAACAUUCUUCACAGGAGAGAGGACUGCAUGGCUCCCCGGGUGAUUGUCAUCAGCCGCUCCCUGACCGCACGGUUUCGCCGUGGGCUUGACAAUGACUAUGUGGAGUCACCAUGCUGAGGGUCACCGGGAGGCUGCUUGGGACUUCCCCCACCUUGGGGACAGUGGAGGAAGUAGGGUGCUGCCUGUGAGAAGCUGCGACCUACGUGGUUUCCUUAUAAACAUAUGUUCACUAUGUUACACACCAACCCGGUGGGGAUCUUAUAUCGCCCACGCCACCCGCCCCCUCCCACACUCACGCCCACUUCCUGCCGGCGCUGGGCCCUGGGAGCCCUGCACCUGAGAAGCACAUGCACCUGGCACUCCGCCUGGGUCUGAGAGUAAUUUAUCCUGCACCUGCCAGGAGGGGCAGCCACAGUCAUAUUUACUUCGGUAAAGCAGAACUCGGGGAAGAUUUUCUUGAACUGUCAGUGAUCUUCCUCCAAUGACUCAGAAUUUAUAGUCAGAUGGUUACGGCUUUAUGACAGGAUUGUGUUAGUAAUGUCCAUUUUACUCCUGAUUAUUUUCCUAAGUUAAAAUAAAAUGCAAACCUCUCACCACA